AUGGCCAACUUGACACGCCGCCAACAGCGAAAGACCACAGCGACGGCUAAGCUAGGAAACCUGGACCUUCUCCUUGUCGCUCUACGAGCAGACCUCGGCCCCGACUGGGGGUGCUACAAGGAACUCAUAGAGGGCGCCGCAGCUGCGAAGGCAAACGGCGAGAGUGUUUCCGCCUGGGUCGACCAGAUCGAGCCGCUGGUACGAAGCACCGCUUCGCAAUUCGCUCAUCAGGGGGUACUCUAUCUGUUAGGCAUCAAGGUGGGUAGUGAAGCUUCUUCUGUCACCAAGGCCACCAACGCGACCAACGAGACCAACGAUAUGUCCGCUCCACCUCCUGACACCCGACGCCCAGGGCAAUCAGUACAGCCCCCAGCCAAGAUGCAGAGCAACUUCAACCCCAGCUGGACGCCCAUGCCCUUCCCCAGUCCCAGUGCCUACAUACCACCGACACCCACCCCAGUCGCAUCCAAGAAACGCUCAGCGGCCAACGUCGCUUUCCAAGGUCAGAAGCAAGCUACCGCGACACAGCCUCUCAAAUCCGACUGGGUCGGCGGUUACGUCCUUCACCAAGAUCCCGCCUUUCGCCGCGACGUAUUCGAGUUCUUUGGCCACACAGUACCCGACAAACCCGAUCCCAAGCACCACGAUCAAUCCGAUGUAUCAUCUGUGUACAAGGCCGCGGAUGACGAUCUGGCGGUUUGGAGGGCGGGCGCUGGAGCCGAGGGCGAGGUGAAGGACGGUGGUCAAGAGAGUCAGAAGGACAGGAUCAAGGCUGUGGAGGAUGCGAAGCGGGAGCGUGUGCGAGAAGGCUUGCGCUACCAGCUUUUUGACAAGUUGGAUUGA